AUGGGACCCUGGCUGCUGCUGUUCUGGUGUGCUUGUACUUUGAAAACAUCUCUCUCGUCUGUGCUGACUCAGACUCCUGGGACUGUGCAGGUCUCUGUUGGGGAACCGUUUACAUUAAAGUGCAUACAUGAGCUGCAGGUUCAGUAUUGCUAUACAACUACAACCUGGCAUAAAGUCAAUAAAAGAACUGGACAACUGGCAGAGAUCAGACCUGAACUCCACAUGCAACAAACUGAUACUAAAGUUUGUACUCUGACCAUCUCUAAAGCCACCCUGCAGGACUCGGGCAUGUACCACUGCACAGGUUUAUACAAUAAAAUAGUUCUGGUUGGAAAUGGCACCAGAGUCAUCGUCACCGAUCCUGAUCCACCGAGUCCGUCCAUCAUCAUGUAUUCUCCUCUGGACGUGUUCGGCCCCACCGUUCCCCUGCAGUGUUUGGUGAUGGGUGCUGUUCCCUCUCAGGUCCAGGUCGUCUGGAUCAUUGACCACAGUGAGCGCUCAGGAUGGACGGAAUCGAGCUGGACAGAGAACAGUGACUCGGCUCUGGAACACACUCGAGCUCACAUCACGCUUUCUGAGGAGGAGUGGACAGAAGCUGCUCAGAUUGAGUGCCUCGCCAUGUUUGAUGGCACAAAUAUCUCCAGAACUCUGGUACCUGGAGCUAAUGAUGCUGGCAUGUGCUCCUGGCUGCUGUACCUGGGCAUUGGGUUCCUCACCAUCACUGCCGCCGUCACUGUCGCUGUUUGUUUAUGCAGAGAGAGGCAGAAAGACGCUGCAGCUGAAGGGUUUGUGACAUGCAGCUACAGUGGGCAGACAUUUCGGCCCAAACUCGGUCUAAAAAUUCAGUGCUCAAAAUAUUUGAAUUAUGAAAUGAUAUGA